GACUGCACCGGAAGUUGCUAUAGGAGGAUUGUUGACAUAUCCUGCUAGCUUUUGCUAGAUGGCAUGAUAUUUUGUCGAUAUUUUUCUAAAGCUGUCGUUCACAAUGAGCUCUCCAGAGGACAAGCACGGAACAAAACGACCCGCGUCCCCCAGUGAAGAUGGGGCUACACAGUGGGCCUCUGCAGAUUUGGGAAGCGAUGAGAGAAGGCAAAAGUUUUUACGGUUGAUGGGGGCAGGCAAGAAAGAACACACUGGGCGCCUGGUCAUUGGUGACCACAAAUCAACGUCUCACUUCCGCAGUGGUCAGGAAGAUCAGAAGAUCAAUGAGCAGCUGGAGCUGCAGUACCAGCAGGGAAUGGAUGGGAAGUUGUCAGGACGCAACCGGAGACAUUGUGGUCUGGGUUUCAGUGAGCCUGAACCACAGCCAGAGUCGAUCCCUUCACCUCCAGUAGACGGACAGACAAAAGAAGCCGAGCCAGAGAAGUCCACCAGUGAAAAAAACCCCACAGAAGCUCAGGACCAAGUCAGCGAUCCUGAGCCGGAGGAAAAAACUUCAAAGGAGUCUCGAGCCAGCUCGGACAGUAGGAACGAGGAAGUGAAACACAACUACAAAAUGGCCUUUGUGAAAUCCUUGUAAUGCUGAGGAGACUGGCAGAGAGGAAUUAGUUUUUGUAAUCUUAAAUUUGUAAGUUUUGAUGUUUAUUGUUGAACGGUAGGCAGUCACCCAUCAUAGUGCUAAUCGUUAGACUCCAUUCUGGUGUGCAUGUCGUCAGGGAAGUCUGCAGGCUGAAGCUUUGGCUUUGGCCGAGCGGCGGAACCAAACGGUCACGUUUUUAUUUCGUUUGGACAUUUUAAGAGUCGCUGCAUUUGCCACGAAUUAUGUUGAAUGAAACACAAUUACUUGGCAUUAGUUAUGAUUGGUAUACAAAUUAAGAAUUUUAUGAUUUCCUGAAAACCAAUAAAAUGAAUUUUCAGUUAAAAUGGUGCUGUAAUAUGACAGUUUUUAGGGCUGUUAAAAAUUGCAACCAAAUCAGUUUUAAACUCAUCUUAAGUGUCACAGUAAAGCCAAAAUAUUGUCUUUCUUCAGCAUGAUUUUUUUUUUCUAUGACCAAUUUUGAGCCUCAGUAUUGUGGGAAAUAUUAAAGUUUGAACAGCAAAACGGCACCAAUUUAAUGUUUAUGACAAAGUAACAAAUAAGCAUUUAAACAUCUGUUUUCUGAUAAUUCAUAGGAGGAAACUUUAAAACUUGCAUUUUGGGUCAAGGGUCAAAGAACGUUUGCAUGCGUACAUUUUAAUAUUGUACAAAAAGAAAAUUCUGAGGUGAUCAGGUGGGAACGUUUUUCCAGAUUAGAUUUUUAUAUGGAAUGACCAUUAAGGGUUUGCCAAAUAUGAGAAUGAAGACAUCUUAAAAUGAUGUUUUCACACUGAUUGUAGUACAUUACAGAGUAAACACUGAUUACUAACAACUGUAUUCAUUUUAACCAUCUCAGCUGCAUGCAUGGGGCAUUUCCAGGAUUUUAUAAAUAGGGUGGCACCAAGUGGACCAUAGAAAAUCAGAAUAUUCAAUCAAAUAAAAUCUGAAAAUAAUGGUGUAGAAUAUAUUAGUCGCCUCUGGAGCUUGAAAAGUGCUCCAGAGAUGACUAUGACCUGGAUGACUGGGAACCUACACAGACAGUAUAUUGGUUAUGAUUUUCAGGACCGUAUGUAGCCCCAUGUCCUAAUGCAGAUUUAUAAUGCGAAUGUUUUGCUGCACAAGACUUUUGUGUUGGAUAAUUGUUUUGUAAAGUUGAAAAAAAAAAAAAGGUGUUUUAAAAUUCUUACUUAAAGCUACGAUCCUGCUUAAGUACCUUGAUAAUGCAUAAGUUGUAUAAUGAAAAUAUGCUCACUGGGUACACUUGUGAAAACUGUUCACUAAUGCAAAUAUCUAAUCACAUGGCAACGAUCCAAUGCAGUGAGGUAUGUUUCUGCAUUCUGCAGAAGUUCACAGAGUAUCAGAAUGGGGAAGAAAGGUGACUUUGAAUGUGCCGUGGUUGUUGGUGCACAUCAGAAAAUCUACUGAGAUUUUCCCACAUAAUCAUUUCUAGUGUUUACAAAGAAUGGUCUAAAAAAAACAUCCAGCAAGCAGCAGGUUUAUGGGUGAAAACGCUUUGUUGAUGCCAGAGGUCAGAGGAGACUGGCCAGACUUCUUUGAGCGGAUAGGAAGGCAACAAUAACUCAAAUAACCACUCAUUACGAUCAAGAUAUGCAGAGGAACAUCUCUGAACACACACGUCAGGCCUGGAAGCCGAUGAGCUACAGCAGCGAAGGACUACACCGGGUGCCACUCCUGUCAGCUAAGAACAGGAAACGGGCUGCAUUUAGCACAGACUCACCAAAAUUGGAGAGUGGAAAAACAUCGCCUGGUCUGAUAAGUCUCGAUUUCUGCAGCGACAUUUGUAUGGUAGGGUCAGCAUGAAAGCCUGGAUCCAUCCUGCCUUGUGUCAGUGGAUCAAGUGGUGGAAUGGGAUUAUGCAUGUUUGGCAGACAAAUCAGCAGCAACUGUGAUGUCAUCGUGUCAAUAUGGACCAAAAGCUCCGAGGAAUGUUUCCAGCACUUUGUUGGAUCUGAGCCACAAAUGAAGAAAGUUCAGAAAGCAAAAGUCGUCCAAACCACUCGUAGCAACGCUGUAAAUUCUAAUUAGUUUAGUAAGAAAACACACGCAAACGGAUCCCUUGAAAAAACAAGUGGAAUAAGAAAUGUAUGUUGUACUAACAAAGGAUUUUUUUAGUGUAGUUCACUAAUGCUCAGGUUUAAGUAACAAGAUAAAAACUACAGAGUACUUAACAGAGUUAGUAAAGAGUACUCAGAAUUACUAUUAUAAACAACUAAUGUGAAAGCUCCUGCAACUUAUGAUCUCUCAGUUGUAUUUACUGAAAGAGGAGCCUCAUUUACAUGUUAAAACUGCGCAAACCAAUUGCCUUAAAAAAGUUGCUCGUGUUAUUCGAGUGCUUCAGAAAUCCAUGGAGAUAAUUUUUAAAAAAUCAGGUCCAUAUAUAACAGUGACAUAUUUACAAUACAAAAAUAAAGGUUAAAAAAAACAGUUCAAAGUACAGUUAUAUGCAUAUUUUAUUCCUCUUUUUUUUAAAGGAAAUGACACCGCUCAGCUGAAAAUGUAACUUACACCAGCAGAGGUAUCAGCAGAAAGGCAUUAUGACAGCUAAGUGUGACACUUUUUGGGGACUUCAUUUGUAGAUGCAUCACAGUAGUUUAUGAAUGAAAUCAACUCUGAUUUGGUGUUUGCUCUUUGGAAAAAAUCCUCCCUCCCGUCUCUCCUUCUGGUAGAAAUCCUGAAGUGAUUAACAAAAAAAGGAAGAAAAAACAAAAGGGAGUAAAAGUUAGUGAGCAGCUACUGUCCACCGUGCUGGACUCAUAUGUAUAUUAUCAGCAUUAAACUCGUCAUCUAAGUCUUGAUAAAACAUCAAAAGGAAAUUUCCCCCAGAACUCUGUGUAUAAAAACUUACCGGUGUUGUACACAUAAUGAAGGUGGUCACUACGUAGAACAGGGAGGCUUCACAGUAGAAAAGUUCAUAUUUCUGUCACGUCUGCCUUGUAGAACCGAACAAUAAACAGAGUACGACAUUAUGAAACGUUCAAAAGUCAUAACACAGGUAUUCACAAAGACUAUAAGACAGCAUUAUAUUUGACAGCAUGGCUAACAGUUACUGACUGGAGAAAGGACACAUUACCUGAUAAAAUACUGUACAUUUUUUAACACUUUAUAAUAGUUACAGUUUGCAUUUGUACUGCACAGUAUUUAGAUUCUUAGAACUCUUAGAAAUGUUGUACAUGGAUCAGUUUAUCUAAUCCACAUUUAUAUGUACAUCAUAUUCCCAAAAGUGUUCACUCAGCCAUUCAAAUCACUGAAUUCAGGUGUUCCAGUCACUUCCAUGGCCACAGGUGUAUCAAACCAAGCACCUAGGCAUGCAGACUGUUUCUACAAUCAUUUGUGAAAGAAUGGGUCGCUCCCAGGAGCUCAGUGAAUUCCAGCGUGACAGGAUGCCACCUGUGCAGUCAUGAAAUUUCCUUGUUGCUAAAUAUUCCACAUUCACAGUUAUUGGUAUUAUAACAGAGUGGAAGCAAAUGGGAACAACAGGAACUCAGCCAGGAAGUGGUGGGCAAUGUAAAAUUGCAGAGCGGGGUCAGCAGAUGCUGAGGAGCAUAGUGCUGUGGGGGAUUAUUUUUUACUCCGUGAAUAAAAUGACAAAUGUUUAAAAGUAAACUCCAGUAAAUUAAUUAAUAAAUAGUGGCUGAAGCAAAUAAUAGACACUUAAAUAAUACAGUAGAUAGAGGGCGACAGUGCCAGACCAACUUCACAGCCUUUGGGUGAUAUGUUUAUCUUAUUUAUGACCUUCUCGGUCUCUGAGAAGAAUAUGUUUAUCUUGUCCUCAAAGGUUUUGCCCAAACAUGUGCAUCUGUGUCUGAGGAGAGAAGGGUGUGCAUAGGUCAUUGUACCCUGUUACUAAUCAUGCCACGUCAUGAUUACAGUAGGAAUAUGUGAGAGGGGAAGGUGUGUGUGUCAUUUAUGGAGCUUUUAUUGCUGAUUGGAGAAGGUUGUGCCAUGAUGCCUGAACCAACCAGUGGACGAAACAAUCUGAGAAGGCCAAGUCUAAACCACGGCUCUCUCCAACUGUUUUUGAAAUGAUGGUGCUUGUAGUAUAAAACUGUUAUGUUUAGCUUAGAGCAGUGCUCUUCUGGGGAGGGGAGCCACAGGCAGCUGGCUGGGAAGGCCUGUGUCUCCCUGAACCAAAUGGCCCAU